GGUAAAACUUGGAUACCCGCUUUCCCUCAGCGACGCCUCAUAGGGAGAGGAGUAAUUAGUCCAUCAGCUCGAGUUGUGUGGCCUGUUCGCUCGGCCGCUUUCGAGCCGUCAUCGGAUACAGCACCUCGGUCUUCGCCUCGGGGGUGGGCUGUUCUGUUCGAAAGCGGGAAGGGGUCACGGCACGGUUGGUGGGCGUCGAGCAAUAUCUUGAUGCCAUUUACCCAGAACCAACUACCGAUUUAUUAUAAGUACACUUGCCCCGGUCCCGAACCCGAACAAUCAUGAGUUGCAGCAAGCCGGCAUCUCGGUAGCGACAACCAGGCCCUUCCAAUUUUCUUUGCUGAGUGUUGUCUUGCUUUUUCUGUUCACUUUAUACCCAACUCGCAAAUAAGCCAUGGAUCUGAAGCAGAAGGAAAGUCACGGCGUUGACCACGUCGACGUUGCGACUAUGAACGAUUUACAUCUGCAACCACCCGAAGCAUCGACGCUGCCGUGGUACAAGCAGACAGAGCUGAGGAAGCUCUAUUUCAUGAUGGUCUUCCUCUUCCUCGGCUCGACGACACUGGGAUACGAUGGAAGUUUGUUGAACGGACUUCAGACCAUGCAAUCAUGGCAGACCUUCUUUGAUCACCCCACGGGAAGUCGACUCGGAAUCUUCGGUGCCAUGCCGGGCUUCGGCGGUCUCUUCGUCCUCCUCUUCGCGCCCUACAUCGCCGACGGCCUCGGCCGAAAAUGGGGUACCGCCAUCGGCUGUAUCUUCGUCGUCUUCGGUGCGCUUCUGCAGUCAUUCCCUGUCGGAUCCGCUUCCAGAAGAGACGCAAUGUACCUCAUCGGCCGCUUCAUCAUGGGCGCGGGAUCCAACAUCUCCAACGGCACGUGUCCUCUUCUCAUCACGGAGGUUGCACACCCCCAGCAUCGCGGCAAGGUUACGACGCUUUACAACACGCUUUGGUACUUGGGUAGUAUAAUUGCGGCCUGGUCUUGCUUCGGAACACUCACAAAGCAGUCCGGCGAUCUGCAAUGGCGCCUUCCCACAGGAUUACAGUGCAUGAUGCCGGGUAUUCAGCUGAUGGCCAUCUGGUUCCUCCCCGAGAGUCCGAGAUGGCUAAUUAGCAAGGGCAAGGAGGCCGAGGCGAAGAAGGUUCUCAUCAAGUACCACGGCAACAACAACGAAAACGACGAAUUCGCGCAUUGGGAGUUUGCCGAGAUUACGAGCACUCUGCGGCUUGAGAAGGAAGCCUCGGCGCAGAGCGGUUGGAUGGAACUCGUCCGCACUCCGGGAAACCGCAAGCGUUGCGGGCUCAUUAUCGCGACAGCUAUCUUCAGCCAGUGCAGCGGUAAUGGUUUGGUGUCAUACUACCUCGCGGUAAUUCUUAGCACUAUUGGCAUCAAAGACUCCAUUACACAAUCAUACAUCAACGGCGGCCUUACCAUCUGGUGCUGGCUCGUCUCGCUCACAGCCGCCUUCUUUGUCGACCGAAUUGGACGCCGAGUUCUCUUCCUCUUUGCCGGCGUCGGUAUGCUCAUCUCAUUCUCCAUCUGGACGGCCUGCAGCGCAGUCUACGCUCAAACGCAGUCCUCAUCAGCGGGUAUCGCCGUCGUGGCCAUGAUCUUCGUCUUUUACGGCGUCGCGGGAGCUGCAUGGCCUGGUCUGACCGUUUCUUACACCGUCGAGAUUUUGCCGUACAACAUCCGCGCCAAGGGCCUGACGCUGUGUUUCUGUUUCACUGCGUUGAGCGGUGUCUUCAACCAGUGGGUUAAUCCCCUAGGGCUUGAGCAGCUCGAGUGGCACUUUUACUUUGUCUACAUCGCCAUUCUGGUAAUUGAGUGUCUGGUUAUCUACUUUUUCUUCGUGGAGACAAGGGGUCCUACAUUGGAGGAGAUUUCGAUGCUCUUCGAUGGAAAAGAUUCUGCGGCUGGAGUUGCGAGGGUCCACGCUCAGGCAAAGGUCGAGGAAGUUGAAAAGAGAGAAAGCGCAUAGGUCUAGCUCUUCAUUUUGAUAGAGAGAGUGAGGACAAUCUCUAUUGCAAGCCAACAUACAGUCGUGUUGCAUUACAAACUACUACUAUGACGUGAAGACGUUUUGUAACCAAGCGACUCGGCUCAAUAAGCGCUGAUAUCUGGUGGCUGGAACUAACAAGAUACGCAGCCCGUCCUGAAUCAUUCAGUUUGGACUCCGGUGAUUUGGAGUGCAAGCCAUUGCCACAAGCAAACGUAGUCAAUGGUGCACCUUCCACAGGUUUUAUCAAAAUUAGAACAUUCAGGUACAUUAGUCACAAACUUACUUUCCA